AUGGCUCCUGGAGGAAUCAGCUCCUUCGAGGCUCGCAGGAGAGAAAAUGCUGCUGCCAACAAAGCACUUCUCGCCGAGUCUCAAGCCGCCGGCCAGAAGAUAAAAAGGGCAGCAAAACCGCCGCCGAAACCAGUUGCACCCAGGAAGAGGACACGCGCAGAACCCGCUCAGCGCACCCGUGUUAUGCCCACCCGGCAGAGUGCUCGACUGUCUGGAGCCUCGACCGAAAUCAAACUCGAGUCUUUAAAAACCGAGGCCGAGAUCAGGGAUGCAGACAGGCCAGCCAAGCGCGCGCGCAUGACUGAUGACCUCGACUUAUCCAAGGUCACGCUCGAAGGGACACGCUGGGUCAAUGGCGAUGCCCUAGCGAACUUCAGUCAGGGUGCUCAGCCCUAUGUGAGAACAUUUACCGAAGAUGACGUGAAGGAUACAGAUGAUGAGAAACUCAAGACCAUUCGUAAUAGUAUGGGAGAUCUGGAGAUAUACGAUGGUUGGUUACCGAAUGACAUCAAAAUCACGAAAGAGCGGAUAUACUCUUUGACGUUCCACCCCAUACGAGACAAGCCUAUUGUCCUUGCUGGUGAUAAGAUUGGCAUCAUGGGUGUGUUUGAUGCUUCUCAAGACAAGCCAGAAUAUGACGACGACGAAGAUCAGGAUGUCCCGCUACCUGAGGUCUCUGCCUUCGCGACUCAUGCCAGAACCAUCUCCUCCAUCAUUGUGCCACAGGUUGACCACAACUCCGUCUUUACCGCGUCAUACGAUUCAACCAUUCGUUGUCUUGACCUGUCGAAGCAGAUGAGUACGACGAUAUGGGCCCCAAAUGAUGAGGAUACCGACUUGGCCAUUACGUGCGUAGACAUGUCCACCGAGCAGAAGGAUGUCUUGGUAUUUUCUACCAUGCAGGGUUCCAUAGGGAGGCUCGACCGACGCUCCAAGGAGAAGCCUGAGAUCUGGAACUUGACAGACAACAAGAUUGGCGGUUUCUCCCUCAACCCGUUAUCCCCUCAUCUCGUGGCAACCGCUUCAUUGGAUCGCACACUGAAGAUUUGGGACUUGCGCAUGAUUAAGGGCAAGGCAGAGAUGCGUCACCCUACACUGCUUGGGGAGCAUGCAUCCCGUCUGUCAGUCUCUCAUGCCUCUUGGAAUAGGAGCGGCCACAUUGCAACUUCAUCAUAUGAUGACACAGUCAAAAUCUAUGACUUCGCGAAAGCAAUCAAGUGGAAAGCGGGUCACGAGAUACCUGAUGCCGAUAUGGAGCCCGUAAGACAGAUACGUCACAACAACCAGACAGGUCGAUGGGUGACUAUUCUGAAACCUCAAUGGCAGCUAAACCCCACUGACGGUGUGGAGAAGUUUGCUAUAGCCAACAUGAACCGAUUUGUCGACAUCUAUGAUAGUGAGGGCAAACAACUUGCACAACUUAGUGGCGACGGCAUUACUGCCGUGCCUGCCGUGGCAGUACUUCACCCAACAUGCAACUGGGUAGCUGGUGGCACUGGCAGUGGGAAAUUAUGUCUUUGGAUGUAG